GUGGAAAAAAGAGGGCGCUGCACAAUUUCAAAAUGGCGGCGCCCAUGAACAAACUCGAUGCUGAACAGUUUGUACAGGGUAAAGAUUUUGUGCACUUUUCUCCUUGCGAUUGGCGUUCGUUGGUUUCUAAAAAGGUGGACGUAAUAAGCAAGGAUAGUAAGAGGCAUACUGGAUGGAUAUUUACAGUUGACCCUGUGUCUCAAAGUAUUGUGCUUGUAGAAUUCCCUGAUGACCAGCGUGCAGUAACUGAAGUCAUCAUGGGUCAUGCCAUCCACAGUGUAACCCUUGUCAGUGAACCCACGCCUCAGUGCCUGGACAGACUCAACAGACUGUUCCAGUCCAGUCAUCAGCACAACGAGCUGUCAGAAGAGGAAAUCUCCCGUCGAAAGACAGACUUAAAACAGUGGCUGGAAAAACAUCACAUACCCGUGACAUUGUCGGGGGACAAGGGAGAACUGCUCAGUAUAGCAGGAGCACUGUACGUUGAACCGCCGUACGGUUUGGAGAACUGCGUGAGCGCAAAUGAGAUCAUACUGGCCAGAGUGCAAGCGCUAAUACAGUCCAAACCAGAAAUGCCAAAGCCCAGAGCUUGUAACGGAGAAAACACAUGAGGGCUCUCGCUGUAGCUCACUGGAACCACACAGGAAAACUGCCAGUCAGUUGAACAUGUGCCAAGACAAAGAGCCUUUGAAAGAAGAGUUGAUUGAGUCUUUAUACUCCAUAGGAAGUGAGUUGGAAGGCACAUUAGUUGAUAGCACGGGUCACUCAUCAGCUGCUUAUGACGAGAGGAUUGAACUCUUGUGGCAUGUGCAGGAGUGUGCUGGAGUUCACUCUUGAGAAACUGGUACAUCUACAUGAUGAGUGUGCAUUAAGGAUUGAUGAGAAUCUGACGAGGGCAAGAGUAAAUUAGUUUUCUGA